CCGCCGCGGCCCCGCGACCCCCGGAGCCGUGAGGGGGAACCCCGGAACCAUAGGGACCGCGGGGACGCGGCGCUGGGCCGCGCCCGGGCUCGGGGGGCUGCGGACGCGCAGCAUCAUGGAGGCACGGACCCGGCGGCUCGCCACCACCCUGAUGGACGCCACGACGGACAAGGAGCCGCUGGUGCAGGAGCAGAUCUACAACGCUCUGUGCUACCUGGGGGAGGCUGAGCCCGAGGAGAUCCUGCACUGCUGCGACGAGUACCUGCGGCAGCACGACAAGCUGGCCUACCCGCACCGCGUCAUCAUCCUGAAGGCGAUGGAAACGGUGGUGAAGAACAACAUCUCCAGCUUGGACAAAAGCACGGCGAAGGUGGUCAUCUUCCUGGCGUCCAACGAGAUGACCAAAUCCAAGGAGGUGGUCUGGGAAUGGCAGCAGGCGGCCAGCAGCGUCCUCGUGGCGGUCGGGCAGCGCUUCAUCAACAAAGUGAUGGAGGAGGUGCUCACCAAGUUCCAGCCAGGCAUCCUGCCGCACUACUUCGUCAUGCAGACCUUCGCCAACCUGGCGGUGUCCAACGUGUUCGGGAUGGUGCCGUUCCUCAACUCCAUCCUGGGGACGAUGCUGCCCAUGCUGGGGAUGGCCAAGCAGGACCACAUGAAGUCUGUCUUCUGCUACGCUCUGCAGCACUUCAGCGAGAGCAUCCAGGAGUACGUGGCCAACCUGGACCAGGCCCCUGACCCCACGGUCAGGAAGGACACCUUCUGCAACGAGAUCUUCAGCGCCUACGAGGUGCUCUUCAACAGCUGGCUGCAGCACCGGGAGCCCAAGCUCCGGCUGGCGGUGGUGGAGGCGCUGGGAGCCAUGAGCUACCUGAUGCCCGGCGAGAAGCUGGAGGAGCAGCUCCCGAAACUGAUCCCGGCCGUCCUCUCCCUCUACAAGAAGCACACGGAGACCUUCUACAUCUCCAAGAGCCUCUGUCAGAUCCUGGAAGCCUCUGUCGACAUCGGCAGCCGCAGCCUGGACGUGCAGCUGGACGCGCUGCUGGGCACCCUGCACCCCCAGAUCUGUGCUCCCGCUGACCCGGCUGUGCCCCUGGCCGUCAAAAACCACACGGAGGUCCUUCGGUGUUUCACCGUGCUCGGUAAGGGGUGGUGUGACCCAUCCCAGGGGGGUGGUCGGGACCCCCUGCUUGAAAGGGGAGGGCUGGGGACGGUGGUCGAGUGUCAGAACUGGCUGACCAGGGAGGUGGUGGGGGUCACCAUCCCUAGAGGCAUUCAGUAAGCAGGGAGACGUGGUACCUGGGGACACAGUCAGUGCGAUGGGUUGGGGGUCUUGGAGGUCUCUUCCACCCUGAGUGAUUCCAUGGUUCUAUUUAGGGUCAUGGUGGGGUGGGUUAGGGUUGGAGUUGGGGAACUUGGAGGUCUCUUCCAACCUUAAUGAUUCUGUGGAUCUCUUUAAGGUCACAGUAGGGAGGGGUUGGGUUUGGACUGGAGGAUCUUGAAGGUCUCUUCUGACCUUAAUGAUUCUAUGGUUCUAUUUAGGAUCAUGGUAGGGUGGGUUGGACUUGAUCUGGGGGAUCUUGAAGGUCUCUUCCAACCUCAGUGACUCUGCAGUUCUAUUUAGGGUUGUCGUGGGGAUGAGUUGGGGGUUGGGCUUGGAGAUCUUGAAAAUCUUCUCCAGCCUUAGUGACUCUAUGGUUCUAUUUUGGGUCAUGGUGGAGGUGGAUUUUUGGUUGGACUGGAUGACUUUGGAGGUCUUCUCCAACCUUAGUGAUUUUAUGGUUCUAUUAAAGGUCGUGGUGGUGAUGGGUUGGGGUUGGACUGGGGGAUCUUGGAAGUCUUCUCCAGUCUUAAUGACUCUAUGGUUGUAUUUAGGGUCAUGAUAAGUGGUGAGUUUGGGUUGGACUGGAUGACCUUGGAGGUCUCUUUCAACCUUAAUGACUCUAUGGUUCUGUUUGGGGUCAUGGUGGGAUGAGUUGGGCUUGGACUGAGGGAUCUUGGAGGUCUUUUCCAAUCUGAACGGUUCUGAAGUCUGUGCUGGCUGCAGCCCUGCGGCCAGGCUGGAGGAAGCUCGGUGUGCCCGGAGCACAUCGUUUGCUGCAGCUCUUCGGGGCGCUGCUUGGGCCCACCUCAGCUCCCUAUGGGGCACAGCAGCCCCUCCCAGGGACCUAGGCUGGGGUCUGGGGUCAAAGCUUUCC